GCCGCCUUGCUGACGCGGGCUUCCCCCGACCCGGAUCCUCCGUUUCUCCGGUCUCCACACGGCGUGAGCAGUUGAGCACCAACCAAACCAUGCGACCGGCGGGCUCGACGGAGUCCUCCCCGGAGGCGCGACAGCGCAGCCCCAGGCAUGCGGCCGCAUCCAGAGGCCGCGGCACCAGGCACUCGGAGGCGUACGGCUUCGUGGGGUCCAUCGCCGCGUCCGCCGCCGCGCUCGCGUACAUCGCGUGGGCGUACGCUCCGGAGCCGUGGCUCUGCCACAUCGGCGCGACCUACUACCCCAACAAGCGCUGGGCGGUGGCCGUUCCGGCGUUCGUGGCGGUGGCCGUGGCGCAGGGCGUGGUCCUGUACGUCGCAUCCAACUUCCUCCUCGCUCCUCCGCCGGCUUGCUUCAACACCAUCUCCGAUGAACACGCCCGGGAGCCGGCGUCUUCUCUGCGGACGGGGGAAGAUCAAGCCAUCGAGCCCAUCUCGGACAUCGGCAUUGACCGGAUGAACCAUCUCAUGUUUGGCGAGCAAGGGUUUCAUUCACUUCCAAGAGGAGGAUGGACUCGGCUGAACCCAUCGUGAUCUCUUUUUUUUAUGAUAGAUGUGCAAGGGUUUUAUUUAUUUUUUUUGCUUUCCAAGAUUCAUU